UGCUUGCUGCUAACGGGUUACUCGCGGGUCACGGGUAAGCCAGAAGCUCGACAGCUAGGCGUGAGAAGGCGGGACUCAUGAGUAGUAGAAGGAGCAUGAAGGGCGAAGCUCGCGGCGCCGUGGCGGCAACAGUGGGCGGUGAACAAGGAGGAAAGAAUCCAUUUCAGUGUGUCCUUGACAAGGAGAACAGGCCCGACGACAACAGAGAGAUGGGCAAGCGCGAGGGGCGACCAGGGGAGGCAGCAGCGGUGAAGCAAGCGGAACUCAAGGGCAACAAUAUCAAUAACACCUCGCCCGCCGAGGGGGCGCAACGCGUAAGGACCAACACCCCGCCUAGCGGAGGUCCACAGCGCGUCAAGCUCAAGCAACCUCGGGGAGAUGGAGGGGGUGGCGACAGCGGCAGCAGCAAUAGGAAUAGCAGCACCGGCAGCACCGGCAGCGUAGGAACAACGGCCCGGAAGGGCAAGCACUGGACCGUCUCCGACUUCGAGAUAGGCUGUCCUCUGGGGAGGGGAAAGUUCGGCUCGGUGUACCUGGCAAGGGAGAAGAGGACGCGCUACAUCGUGGCCAUCAAGGUCCUGCAGAAGAAGCAGCUCCUCAAGGCUGGGGUGGAGCACCAGCUUCGCCGAGAGAUCGAGAUCCAGUCCCACCUGAGGCAUCGGAAUAUCUUGCGAUUGUUCGGGUAUUUCUACGACGAGAAGCGGAUCUACCUCAUCCUUGAGUUCGCCCCGGGGGGAGAGCUGUACAAGACUUUGCAGAAGGGCCGAUUCAGCGAGGCCAAGGGGGCCCGGUACGUGCUGGACGUGGCUCAGGCCCUGGCCCACUGCCACAAGAAGAACGUCAUCCACAGAGACCUCAAGCCCGAGAACCUUCUCAUUGGUUCGACCGGGGGACUAAAGCUCGCCGACUUCGGGUGGAGCGUCCACGCCCCCAACUCGCGGCGCAACACCUUGUGCGGCACCCUGGAUUACCUUCCCCCAGAGAUGAUCGAGGGGAGGGAGCACGACAGCUCCACGGACAUCUGGUCCCUGGGGGUCCUCGCGUACGAGUUCAUCGUCGGGGUGCCUCCCUUUGAGGCAGAGGGUCACCAAGCCACCUACCGCCGCAUCUCGAGGGUGGACAUACGUUGGCCAAGCGCGCUGAACAUCAGUGACGAGGCGAAGGAUCUGGUCACCAAGCUCCUCCGGAAGGAGCCGCAGAAGCGCCUUCCUCUUGACGAGGUUGCAUCCCACCCCUGGAUCCGAAGGCACUGCGGCGACAGGACUUCUUCCGUCGGCGGGAGCGCGGCUGGGAGUUUCAAACGAAAGGCGGUGCCCGUUUAG